CCCACGUCGCAAUCAGUCAGCGUUAGUUCCCCCUUUUGCAACUUCAUCACAUCCGCCAAUACCUACAUCAUUUACGAAAAGCAAAAUGUCCCAGGGUAAUGGUCAGCCCACUCCCUGGUAUUCUGUGGUGGACGACAUUGAACAUCAUCUCGCCGAGAUAGAUCAUGCAAUUGAGGUCAUUGGGAGACACAAAGCUGAAAUACGUCGCUUGAUAGGCACGAUUCUCGAACCAAGGUCUCCUUCGACCCAGUCCUCACUGCUUGGCAACGAAAAAUCAGUUUUCUCUAAUCCCGAGCAGCCUCGCCUCCAUCCCAACCCUACUGAUGACAACGAACAAUACUGCCCCCAUCCCGACUGCAACAAAGGGCCAUUCGAUGGAAAACUUCUUCGUCGACACUACCAGACCCACGUUUACUGCUCGGAUGUUUCAAGCGAGGAUGCGCACUGCGCCCGCUGCCGGAAGCCGUUGAGCAGGGUAUCCAUCUUCAGCAGGAUACAUGCAAAAUGUGUAGAGCAGGUGUCGGACCAGCUCCCCCAAGGUAUAAUUGGGAAGGCGUUAAAGCAAAGACAUCGUAUAAUUCAAGCCUCGAACAACCAGUUGAGUGCUGCUUUGCAAAAUAAGAAAGGUCCACCAAAGAAUUCGAUGAAACGUGGACAGGACCCCGAAUAUGAAAAGUCUUCGCCUAAAAUGAGGCGUACCGAGGUUGUAGAUGCGUCUUCUACUCUACAUAUUCCUCGGGUCGAUUCCGGAAGGGAAACUAGUUUUUCGACAAGUUUCGUACCUGUCGCUCCAGGCUUGUCAUUCCCGCCAAGCAAGCCUGAGUUGGCUAGUAACUAUACUGGAACGUUUCCGGCAUCGAUGACCUCUGGAUUGGCAUCUCAAAAUUUCCCUAGUUCUCAGAGCACGACAGACCAGUACGAUGGACGGCUAUAUCGGCGAAGUUUGACGAUGGUUGUAAAUCCGAUGGAUGGGCUAUAUUGACCCGUACAAGAGGAUGCAGUGCAUUAGUAGGUUAUUUUCAUCUGUAAAUAGGUUGCAUAUCAAGAGCCGUUCUUAGAGGCCUUUACGAAUAUAAAGUUUGUCUUGAUCCCACGGGAAUUUAACUCGUCAACCUUUUGCUUGAGGAUUUCAGACUCGCCAAGUUUCAUCUUUCCCCAGUGACAGAUCUCUGCCUCCGAUGCAUAACCAAUAGCGAUUUGUUGUCCUUUAAGAAUUGUCCAGCCGACUCGACCGUCUAUAAGUGCACUAUGACAGGUAAGUUUCCAGGACC